CUUUACAUUUUUAUUUUCCUUUUCACAUAAUUCAAUAGCAAAUAUUGCUUAUUUCAUGUUCCUUUUGCUAUCUUCUGAUUCAAAAUCUAUGUCAUUUUUUAUAGUCUUUUUGUUGUGCUAAAGGGUUGGUUAAUUAUGAUCAAUAUUUUAACACAUAAUUAAUAUACAUAUAAAUAAAUAUUAUGUUCAUGGUGUUAUGAUGGGUGGUGGUGAAGAUGAAAUUGAGAUCAUUUUUUGGUUUUUUUGAUUGGUUGCAGCUGGUGGAUUGGAGAAGAGUGAAAGUGAAGCCAUUUGUGAGUAACUCAGGAGCAUUAAAGUUGCAGCAGGAAUCAAUACAGAUGCCUGUAUUUCAGGACAAAGAUGGAUUGCCUAGGAUUGUAUUGACUGAUCCAAAUGGUUCAUCAGCUGAGGUGCUUCUGUAUGGAGGGCAUAUUGUUUCUUGGAAGAAUCAAAGGAAGGAAGAACUGCUUUUUAUGAGCAGCAAGGCUAAAUGGAAACAGCAUAAAGCAAUCAGAGGAGGUAUAUCACCCUGCUUUGCAAGGUUUGGUGAUGUUGGUUCACUUGAGCAACAUGGAAUGACAAGAAACAGAAUGUGGUCAUUGGAUAGAGACCCUUCACCACUACCUCCAAUUGACAAUCAUUCAUCUGUUGAUUUGAUAUUAAAGUCAACAGGAGUUGACUUAAAGAAACCACAUAGUUUUGAGUUGAGGCUUCGCAUAACUCUCAGUGCUGGCAAGCUCAUUCUGAUUCCUAGAGUCAGAAACACUGAUAACAAACCAUUUUCUUUUGCAUUUUCACUAUGCAAUUAUUUAUCUGUGUCAGAUAUAAGUGAAGUGCGUAUUGAGGGAUUGGAGACACUUGAUUAUGUCGAUAAUCUGAUGAACAGAUCAAGGUUCACAGAACAGGCUGAUGCAAUUACAUUUGAUGGAGAGACGGACAGGGUAUACUUACACAGCCCAAAUAAAAUUGCCAUCAUAGAUCAUGAGAAGAAAAGAACCUUUGUGCUCCAGAAGAAUGCACUUCCAGAUGCAGUGGUAUGGAAUCCAUGGAAUAAAAAGGCCAAGGCUCUACCUGAUUUGGGAGAUGAUGAUUACAAAAUGAUGUUGUGUGUGAACUCAGCAGUUAUUGAUACUGCUAUUCUCUUGAAGCCAUGUGAAGAGUGGAAGGGCUAUCAAGAGCUCUCUACUGUUUCAUCAAGCUAUUGCAGUGGACAAUUGGAUCCUCGCAGAGUUCUUUAUGGCUUUCACUGAACUAUAAUUAAUGCAGUCAAUCAAUGGAGAUUUAUGAAAAAUAUAGACUUAAUUUUCCUAAUUAUGUGUACAAUGCAUUAGUUUGUUCAUAUCUAUAGUUCCUUUUUAUAGGGUUACAUUGCCUUGAGAGAGCAAUUAGGUGUGCAUGAAUAUCAUGCUGAUAGAUAGAUGCCUUAACAUAAAGCCCUUUUUGCCCCUUAUAAUAAUUGAGAGAUGCUUUGCUUGGUGGCUUGAUGCCAUGAAAAUUGCUUAGCAAUUUUUUUUGUGUAUUUGUUAAGUUCAAUGAAGUUCUUCAAAUAAUGGAAAGUGCUGAUGCUGUGUGUAUA